UCCUUUCUCUUUCUCUCUCUCUCUCUGUCUUGAAAUGGAUGAACCAGUAAAGAAUGAUUAUCCAACGGUGGAAGAGAUUUUUCAAGAUUACAAAGGCAGGAGAGCCGGUCUUAUUAAAGCCCUAACCACAGAUGUUAGAAAACUCUACAAGAUGUGUAAACCAGAGAAGGAGAAUUUGUGUUUAUAUGGAUUUCCUGAUGAGCGGUGGGAGGUUAGUCUACCCAAUGAAGAAGUGCCUUCAGAGUUGCCUGAGCCUGUACUUGGUAUAAACUUUGCUAGGGAUGGUAUGCUGAAGAAGGAUUGGAUAGCUCUCAUUGCUGCCCACAGUGAUGCUUGGUUGCUUUCUGUUACUUUCUAUUUCAGUGCCAGAUUUUAUUUUCAAAAAUCUGACAGGAUGCAACUUUUCGAUAUGAUAAAUGAUCUCCCUACUGUGUUGGAAGUUGUUACUAGUAUUGCGAAGGAGCAACAAACGGAAAUAUCUUUGGUCACUAGCCAAAAUAGCAACAAGUCCAAUUCAAACUCCAAAAUGGGAAUACUACUGGAGUCUCAAGGACAGAUGUCGACAUUAAUGGAAAAAGUUGAAGAUGAGGAUGAUAAGAAAGAAGAAGAAGAUGAUAUGGAAGUGGAAGAAGAAGAAGAUGGUAUGGAAGAGGAAGAAGAAGAAGAUGGUAUGGAAGAGGAAGAAGAAGAAGAUGAUGAUGAUGAUGAUGAAGAUGAGCAUGGAGAGACAUUAGGGAGACUGCAGUCACAUGGACGGAAGUGGACAUUAGAGGAAUACAUUGAAGAUGAGGAUGAUAUGGAAGAGGAAGAGCAAGUUUAUUAUGAUGUAGAUUGGCAUGGAGAGACAUUACGGAGAAUGCUACCGCACUCACAUGGACAGAAGUUGACAUUCGAGGAGAUUGUUGAAGAUGAGGAUGAUAUGGAAGAGGGAGAAGAAGAUGAGGAUGAUAUGAGAGAGGAAGAAGAAGAUGAUAUGGAAGAGGAAGAAGAAGAAGAUGAGCAUGGAGUGACAUUAGGGGGAAUACCACCAGAGUUUCAUGGACAGAAAUCGACAUUAGAGGAAAACGUUGAAGACGAGAAUGAUAUUGAAGAUGAUAAAGAUUGGCAUGGAGAGACAUUAGGGGGAAUACUACCAAAGUCUCACUCUCAUAGACAUAAGUGGACAUUAGAGGAGGAAGAUGAGGUUGAUAUGGAAGAGGAAGAAGAAGAUCAACAUGGAGAGACAUUAGGGGGAAUACUACCAAAGUUGACAUUUGAGGAAAAAGUUGAAGAUGAGGAGGAUAUGGAAGAGGAAGAAGAAGAUGAUGUUGAUGAAGAUUGGCAUGGAGAGACAUUAAGGGGAAUACUAACAGAGUCUCAUGGACAGAAGUCGACAUUAGAGGACAAAGUUGAAGAUGAAGAUGAUAUGGCAGAGGAAAAAGAAGAUUAUGAUGAUGAAGAUGAGCAUGGAGAGACAUUAGGGGAAAUACAACCAGAGUCUCAUGGACAGAAGUCGACAUUAGAGGAAAAAGAUGAAGUUGAGGAUAAUAUGCAAGAGGAAGAAGAAGAUUAUGAUGAGCAUGGAGAGACAUUAGGGGGAAUACUACCAGAGUCUCAUGGACAGAAGUCGACAUUAGAAGAAAAGGUUGAAGAUGAGGAUGAUAUGGAAGAAGAAGAAGAUUAUGAUAACGAAGAUGAGCGUGUAGAGACAUUAGGGGGAAUAUUACCGGAGUCACAUGGACAGAAGUCAAUAUUAGAGGAUAAAGUUGAAGAUGAUAUGGAAGCGGUAGAAAAAGAUGAUGAUGAACAUGAGGAUGGAGAGUGUGGAGCAUGUGGGGAGAAUUCUGACUCAUCAGAUGUAUUCUGGAUCUGUUGCGAUAUAUGUGAAAAGUGGUUUCAUGGAAAUUGUGUGAAGAUUACGCCAACUGAAGCAAAGCAUAUCAAGGAGUACAAGUGCCUUGCUUGCAUUAACAAGGAACCUCAUCCUUGACAAUAAGAAAGGAAUGGAGGCUGAAUUUGGUUCACACUCGUAUAUAUAUAUGGUUGCUGACAGUGAAGGGGAAUUUGUGUUUAUAUGUAUUUCUGAGUGAGCUGGGAGGAUAAAUCUACCUAUUGAAGAAGUGCCUCCAUAGUCUCCUGAGCCUGCACUGGGUAUCAACUUUGCUAUGGAUGAUAUGCUGGAAAAGGAUUGGAUGGCCCACGGUUGCUAGGUUGUUUGUUUCUUUCUAUUUUGGUGCCUGAUUUGCUAUUCAACAAUCUGACAGGGAAUACUAACUGAGCCUCAUGGACUGAAGUCAACAUUAGAGCCAAAAGUUGGCGAUGAUGUUGAUCUGGAAGAGGAAGAAUACGAUGAUGAUGAUGAGAAUGAGAAUGAAAAGACAUUGUGUAGAGCAUGUGGGAAGAACUAUGCAUCAGAUGAAUUCUGGAUCUGCUGUGAUAUAUGUGAAAAGUGGUUUCAAGGAAAGUGUGUGAAGAUUACUCCAGCUAAAGCAGAGCAUAUCAAGCAGUACAAGUGCCCUGCCUGAAGUAACAAGAGACCUCGUCCUUGACAAUAAUUGUCUCAUGGAAAGGAAAGG